AUGGAUUGUACACAUAUGAAUAUGAAUCACUACGAAAAACAGCUGUAUACUGUAUUCAAAACCUUCGACGUAGAUAACGAGGAAGCCUUAGACAAGUCUUCUGUACAAGAGUUGUGUGAUGCGUUGCAGCUAGAAGACCGAGGCUCAGCUCUUGUCGACUCGCUGUUCGAGCGACGUUCCGGUCGCGUCACCUUUACGCAGUUCAGGAACGGGUUGCUCUCCGUGCUUGGUGGUGGCGAGCCUUCUCCACUGCCCUCCACUGCUCCCGCAGCUCCACCGACGCACAGCGACGAGGACUCUUCGGGACGUGAAGCCGCACCAAAGUUUGUAUUUGGCUCCAAGAAAUACGGACGCAGAUCACGGCCACAGCACGUUGCAUCUGACGAGAUGCCGCGGCCUCGAGUAGCCUCCGAUUCACGUUUAGACGGCGAGCGUUCGAGACAACGAAUGAAGUGCAAACGGAGUGCUUCUGUCAUGGAAAGUCGAGAUUCCACAGCUUUCGAGGAUACCGAAGAUGUCGCAGGUGACCUUGAUCAUGAUAAACGUGUAGAUCGAGAGCGGGCACUUUCAUUAUGUCGCAGUCUUCAGAUGACGGGAAUCGACAGACAACUUGUGGACAGUAUAUUUGAAAGCAUGCCCACAAAUGAGAUUACUGUCGGUGACUUUUUUGAUCGUCUUAAUGCAUCGCUUACCACAUCGAUAGCCGCUUCUUUGGGUGGCGGCAUGACACCGUCAGAUGAUGUUCCCUUAAGUUCUACUGAAAAAGAGCUUGAUAAUACAGUUCCGAGUGAUGCUGUGGUAGAGGUAUGGGAGCGUGCAGGUGUGCAACGGCCGCGGCGCUUGCUUGUGGAGCUGGGUUUUUCUACCGCUUCGGUGCGUCCUCUUGAUCUGGAGCGUGCGCUGGAUGAUGAACUGCAGGCACUUUUAGCAACAGUUGAUGGCCAGGCGGACCCCCGUAACCUUUUAUUUCAAGCUUCAUUGGCUCUCGUUCGAUUAAGGCUGGAACUAUCGCAGCAACGUAUAUCUGUCGCAAUCGCCGAGCGCGACAAACUGCGCAGUGAUCUUUCAGAAGCAAACCGUCGUGCAUGUCUUCUUGCUCAAGACGUCGACGAGAAUCAUGCUCGAAUUGAAGCAGAAUUGAAAGCAAGCUUACGACAGGUGGAAAUUCGGCAUUCUGAGGCGACCCGAGCGGCAGCUGUCGAAGUAGCAUCCGAACGAGAGCGGGCAGCUGCAGUGCGCGCUCGUCUUGAGGAAGAAGUUUCGAGGCGCACUGACAUUGAAGCAAGGUUGCGAGCAGAUGUCACAAAUCUACAUGAAAGAGUGAAAGAUCUUGAAACACGUGCUACAGCAGCAGAGGAGCGUGCAUUACAGGCUGAACGGGAGAGGGCGCGCCUCGCCGCCGAGAAUAAGGCAGCCGAAGAGAGUGGGGCGGGGGCCGCAGAGGCAUCGCGCCUUGUCGCCUCACGCCUUGAGGCGCUGGUCGACGAACUCCGCCUUGAGAAUAAGUCGCUGCGCGAUCGCAAUGAUGAGCUGUGUGCUGCACUGGAAGCAGCACCGUUACGACCCUGUGGAAUGCGGGGUGGUGUCAAUGACGGUGCUUCAUGGCGCGAUGAGUCUGCACUUGAUGCUUCACUUCCACGAGAUGAUCGUUCUGAAGAGUGUGAUUCAUCUUCACUUAGCAUGGAUCAAAAUGCACAGCGUGAUGAAGCAAUCAAGAGACUACAAAGUAUCUGUGAACGUGUACGAGAAUUGUCAUCGUCUAUGGAUGGUAAAUGUGAAUCGUGUAGUACUGUCACCCGAAUUGUUGCCACAAUUCAAGCCGGUGUGCUUGAGAUGGGAGAAACCUCAUCACAGUGUGUAGAAACUGCUAUACAGACUGAGGCCUGCCGCUGUGCGGAGGCCACGGAGCUGGCAGAGACACUCGAAAGCACAAAACGAACACAUAUGGAGGAGAAAUCGCAACUAAUGGGUGUCAUAAGCGAACUGGAGUCUACAUACGAGCAACUAAAAUUAGAUUAUGAUAAAUGUGAGGAAUACUGGUCAACUAAAUUGGAUGAGGAGCGGGAGAUAUUCAACGAGGAGCAGAGAGCUGGUGACGAGCGGCUAGCUGAGCUGGUGAACAAGAUCGGGGAGUACGAGCGACAGUUCGCGCAGGCGGCUCUACCCACCAUUGACGAGCGCGCCAGCCUCGAGCUGCAGGUGACGGAGCUAGAGGAGGAGUUCGCGAAGUAUCGGCGCGACAAGGAGGCUGAGCUGGCGGCGCGUGUCGAAGAGCUGGCGCGGCUGCGGAGACGCCUCGACGAUGUGGAGCGCCGCACACCCCUCCCUAAUCCCACCACGUGUUCGUGUGCGUGUGCGUGUGCGUGCGGGGGAGCGUGCGGGUGCGCGGGGGCGUGCGGCGGCGUGCGGUGCGCGGCGGCGCUGCGCGCGCGCGCGGGCCGCGCCGAGCGCGCGGCGCAGCGGCUGGCGGCGCGCCUGGCGCACGCGGACCUGCUCGUCAAGGACCUCUACCUGGAGAACUGCCGCCUGGCGCACCGCCCGCGCCUACCCUGA